CCACGUGGUCCCCUUAUGAAACCGCCUCUUUGUAGCUCACUGGGUCUUCUUGCCAUUACCGGUAUGUUUGUCGCUUCAAGCCUCUGCCUUUUUCCUGUUCGUACACACAGACCACAGCUCCUCUUCCUCGCUUCUUUCCUUCUACGCUCUGGAAAAGACCUGUUUCUCUCUAACCCUUGGCUCUGACUUUUGAGAAACCCCGAAACCCUAGACACGCAUUUUCUUCGCAUUCAGCAUUUCCGCGGCUUCUUGGUCAGCUCAAGAAGCUCAAGCUUUCCAUCUUUUAUUCCAUUGAGGUACUGUUUAAUUGCCCGGAAAGCUACAUGUCCCGUUAUCGAUUACCUAUUACCUCGCUCUUUGGUCUGAACUUCAUCUACAGUGCCUGAAGCCUGUAGGAAGUCUGGUUCUUCCAAGGUUUCUGAGAAGGAUAAUUUUUUUUCAAGGAUAGUUAAAGCACAAUUCAUGGCUUGGGAUCUUUGGAGUUCAUCAUAUGCUCAAGUCGUGCAAGACGGCAAUUGCUCCGAAUAUACUGGAUGGCAAUGUGACUUUUACUUUGGUUGUGGUUAUGAUGUGAUUGAGGAAGAUGCCUUGAAUGAGAAAUCUUGCAUUGAGGUUUUGAGAAUUUUAAUAAGAAGGGAAGAUAACGAACUUGAGGAACUUGGGAAAAAUUUAUUAUCGCUUCAGAGUGAAUUAGCCUGUGCUGAACAUGAAAAAUGGUCUGAAUUGUGCUUUAGUGCUUUGAGUGAAAAGAUCAACUGGCUUGAUAUUUCUCUAAGGACUUUGAGAAAUGGUCAUGCUAAUGAUUGUGGGACCCAGCCAUUAUUACAAAAUAAACCUGCCGAGACACUUCAUGAAAUACUGAAGGCUUUGCAAAGAGAGUACUGUCAAGAUGCAUAUGACCAGGAAUUGCUUGCAAAAGCUUGUGUAAGAGGUCCUAACUUGAGGGCUAUUAGCUGUGCAUCUGGCCAUUCUGAUGGAAUGAAAUUAUCAGACGCAUCAAAUUUGCAAGUUUCUGGAAAUGAGGAAGACAUAAGACAACUUGUUACCAAAGACACAGGUCAAGUCCCUGAUUUAUCUUUCUGCAAAUGCCUGGAAAAUGCUCCAAAAGAAGCCGAGAUUGUGCAGGAAAGAAAUGCCAUUGUCGAAUAUGAUAGCACAUAUGCUUCUACGGUUGCAGCCGACACCAGGGGCAGGGAAAAGUGUCUUGGUUCCAUACUGAGUGAUUCACAACAAUCCAAAAGUGGAAAUUCUGACUUAGAUCAAAAGCCAAGUGAUUUUGCUUCAGAAUCUGAGAGAAGAGCUUGCAAGAAAGAAAUAAAUGUUCUGGAUGAAGACUUGGACUGCAUGAAACCUCUGCAAGUGGUUUAUCCUCAAGAAUCGUUUCUUCCUGAUAAUGAAUUGUCCUCUUCGAAAGGGGAUAAUGAUAGAAAUCCUCCACAAGCAAUGAACACUAAAAAUGCAAGCCUUGUUCCUGAGAAGCUGCAAACCAAGAUCAUCCCAUACAGUAGAUCACGGCUGACAGAUGAAGAGAGAUCACAAGCACGUGGCCGCAAAUCUGAAACUUAUGCGAAUCUUACCAAGUCCAGUAUGAGCUUGCCUUCCAACCAAAAACAUCAGUGGAAAAGGAAACCUGAUUUUGCAUUUUCUGAUAGAGAACAAAGUGACAGUCCAAUAAAACUUCGUCCCAAAUCAUCGACAAUUUUAAUAUCCGGGGGGCAGCAGAAAUCCAGCACCAGCAUUAUCAGCAUUGAUGAGGUCCGUUCAAAUAAGCCCCUGGUUAGGAAAAUUGCCCAGAGAGAAGUGCAGCCUAGCCAGCAUGAAACAGGAGAGAAUGCUAUUGUUCCUUAUGACAGCGAAUUUUCUGAGUUACAAAAGAAAAGAGAAGUAGACGCUCAGACCUCAGUUUUGCAGCUUGAUAAGCUUAAGGACUUGAAGAUGAAUGACCUGAGGGCAAUUGCCAAGCAGCACAAUGUGAAAAGGUACUAUAAACUUACUAAAGCAGCUUUGGUUGAACUAUUAAGGGAACGACUCAGCGGCGGGUGCUGAAUUUUACAAUCGGGUUAUCUUUUUGGCCAUGUUCAGAUCUUCUGUAAAUUUUGGAAGGGCUUGACUUUGUUUUACGUAGUUAUAAACAUUCCAUAGGCAAAUCAGGGUGCAAUGUGACAGGAUAAUGUACAGAAGAAUGCCCCCUCCCCCCCAACCCUCUUUUUCCCGGUAAUUAGAGGAUAACAUUGACAGGAGGGGAUAACAUACGCAUUCUUCCGCGGCCGCGCUGGAUAGUCACUGUGCCCUCAUAGGAGGCUUAAAAGUCCGUUAAAUUUGUGAGCUCAUUAGCUCAUGGCAGCAAUGAGCAACAUGAAAUAAUUUUUUUUUUAAAAUGGCAGUUAAGUAAUUAUCUUUAUUUUAU